AUGCCAAUUAAGAAUCAAUCUGCCACUGCGAUUAGGGCAGCUCAGAAAAUAAAACCGCAUAACAUCAAUCACGUUUGCAUGUCCCAAUUUAAAUUAAUGGCGAUUAAUCACCCUGAGUUGUUGAUUGAUAAAAGUAUCGAUAGUGUUACAAAACCUCGAACAUAUUUCGAUGUGCUUUAUUGGUGA